UAGACUAUGGUAGACCCAGAUCAGCGUAGGGACCAAGUCAUUGACUUCUGGCUCUGGUAUAUAAACCCGAUAAUACGCAUCAGAUGAACACAAAUACUUCUAUCGAGAUCAGACAUCCUCCUCCACCCUCGCUGCCUGUAAGCACCAAAAAAACUUCAUCCCCUUCCUCUGCUGUCGAGUUUUGAGCUUCUUCCUGGUUUGAAUAUCUCCUUUACAGCUAGAAUACUAAUUCUAUUUCCUGAUCUAUCUUUGUAUUUAAUAUUUGUUGUAUAUAUGUCAAAUAUAACUAUGGAUCUGUAUUCAUUUAUUGCUUCUAACAUGAUUUUGUGUAACCAAAUAGAUAGUGCGCUCGAGAGCCAUCGACAAUGUAAAACUGUAUGUAUGCUUGAUCUUACCUUUAUACUAUAAGAUUGUCUAUAUAUUUAUACUGUUUUCUUUAGUGUUCUCAAGCCGGAUUUGGAUCCGAAUUCAUGAAUAGGUACUGUUAUCAGUAAUAUAUGUUUUUUUUAUGACGUUUCAUUUUUAUUUGAUGUAUCUGUUUUUUUUUAGUUAGCCAUAUAUAUUAUAUUAUCUGUUUAUCUAUUAUCUAUGUGUUUCUGUCCAAUCGAUUAUUAUUACUUGAUUUCUAGUUUCCCAGGGAUUAAUUGAUAAAAAGUUUAAUGGCCACCAAGGUAAGUCAAACUCAAACAUAAAAGGUCAUAUGUUUUCAUGAAUGUGUGUCAGUGUGUGUAUAGGUAGGUUUUGCAGGAAGCAGAAGCUGUUUUGUUUUCUUACACGACAAUAUGGCAUGUGUUUUGGUUUUAUUUUGGAUUUAUUCAGCAAUAUUAUUAUUAUAUAUACUCUUCAAAAUCAAAGAUGGCGACCUCAGCAACAACAAGUGAUGUUCAAGUCAUACCCUUUCAUAACUGUAAAGGAUGCAUAGACAAGAUGAAAAAGGCAUUCCGUAAACUUAAUGGUGUGGAGUUGAUAGAAAUGGACCCUGAGAUUGGGAUAUUUACAAUUUCAACCCUUGAGAAUCUUGAAGGAAUCAGGGCUGCACUUCAGAAGAAAUUCCGUAAGAAAUCUUUUAUUGUGUUGCCAGGGCCACUUCCACCGCUGCCACCACCAACUACAGAACCAUCGGCUCCACCCAUGCCAAUAACUCCCGAAGAAGAUUACUAUGUUAUUGGUUAUCCUAUUGACUCAACAACUACCGAAGAAGAUUACUAUGUUAUUGGGUAUCCUGUUGACCCUUAAUACUUCGGAGGAUGAUUAUCCAAUUGGUGUUGUAAUUUUUUUUUUUUUUUUUUAUGAUUGUUUAUUUUUUAUGUAUACUUGUGAUUUACAAUAUGUAGAGUGUGAUCCGUAGGGCUAUGGGGUUGUUCUUUUUUGUAUUUGAAUAAAUGAAAUAAGAUUAUGGAA